UCUAACGCCGAAGCAUGAGCAGAGAGUCGAAAGGCAAACUGCCAGGAAAAAAAAUCAAUCCUCUGCCCAAGGUCCAGCAGAAGCGGCCUCAUUUACCUAUAGGAGGCGGGCUUCCUCCUGCGGGGAAUCCCUGGGCUGGGAGGAACAGCAGCCCUUCCUCCUGGCAGCUUCGGAGACUUCAGCAGGUGCUGGCACAGCCCUGGCUGGGACGCGGGGUGGGAGCAGGCCCAGCAUGGGGGCUCAGGGGCAGGAAGCGGGACGCCAGGGCCCGGGAACACGGACACCUGCGUCCUCGGGGCCAGGGAGGAAUCCUACAGUGGCAGGGGCUUGGGCUGUCUCUUUCUCUCUUUGUCCAGAGCCUUAUGUAAGAGCUUUUCUUGGGAAACAGGAAGUCCUGCCUGCCAAGUUCAGCACACAGGGAGUAGUGCAGGCCUUAUUCCAACACACCCGGCCUGGCCUUAACCCCAGAACUCAGCCAGUUUCUUGCUUCCGCGACCCUGGUUCUCCUCCCCACUGACGCCCUCCCCUUCUUUCCCACCUUUGGUCUCUCUCAGCAAACUGCCCCAGAGAUCUCGCCUGUGCCCGGGCCAGAGGGUCUUCCACUCUCACCCCUCGACCCUCAAUGCUGCCCAGCUCGUCCCUCCAUCCCGGCUUCUGGCACCAUGCCCCAUAGCCAGCCAACCUUCCCUCCCCCACUUCUGGGGCCGCCCUGGGGUUCCUGUGCUCUGGCCGCUCCUCCUGGGUGUCACUGGCAGCCCUGUCCUUCUUAGAGAGACUGACAACAAAUUCUCCUGAGGCUGGAGGAGGGUGAGGGGUCUCAGGACAACACUGGCCCCGCAGCGGGGUGCCAGGAGCACCAACAGUGCCCCAGCUUGCUUUCUGCCUCCCUCCUUUUUAUUCUCAAGUUCCUUUUUAUUUCUCCCUUGCGUAACGCCCUUCUUCCCUUCUGCACCACUGCCUGCACGCCGACCCUCCCCGUCACCUCCUUGCUACCCCACUCCUGAGGCUACAGCUGUUGGCAGGGUCCCCAGCUCAUGCCGACCUCAUCUCCUUCUUUACUAGCCCCCAAAGGGCCCCCGGGAGACAUGGGGGGCCCAGUCCGAGAGCCGGCACUCUCAGUUGCCCUCUGGUUGAGUUGGGGGGCGGCUCUGGGGGCUGUGGCUUGUGCCAUGGUUCUGCUGACCCAACAAACAGAGCUGCAGACCUUAAGGAGAGAGGUGAGCCGGCUGCAGAGGACCGGAGGGCCCUCCGAGAAGGGGGAAGGGUAUCUGUGGCUGAGCCCCCGGGAGCAGAUCCUGGAGGACAGCCAGCACCAAGACUCAGGUUGCUGGGGAAAGAGCUCUGAUGGCGUGGAAGCCCUGGAGAAUGGGGAGAAAUCCCGGAGAAGGAGAGCAGUAAAACAGAAGAAGAAGCGCUCAGUCCUUCAUCUUGUUCCCGUUAACAUCACCUCCAAGGAGGACUCGGAUGUGACAGAGGUGAUGUGGCAACCGGCUCUCUGGCGUGGGAGAGGCCUGGAGGCCCAAGGAUAUGUCAUUCGAGUCUGGGAUGCUGGAAUUUAUCUGCUGUACAGCCAGGUCUUGUUUCAUGAUGUGACUUUCACCAUGGGUCAGGUGGUAUCCCGGGAGGGCCAGGGAAGGCAGGAGACUCUAUUCCGAUGUAUACGAAGCAUGCCCUCCAACCCCGACUGGGCCUACAAUAGCUGUUACAGCGCAGGUGUCUUCCAUUUACACCAGGGGGAUACCCUGAGUGUCAUAAUCCCCCGGGCAAGGGCGAAACUUAGCCUCUCUCCACAUGGAACCUUCCUGGGGCUUGUGAAACUGUGAUUGUGUUGUAAAAGGUGGUUCUGAGCUUGGAAGACCAGGGUGGGUUCAUUUUGGAGACAGCCAAGAGCUGACUAGACAAAAGACAGGGAACAGUCAGGAACAGAGGCCUCUUCUGGGUUUGACUGGAAUCCCAGGUUUGACAGCUCAUGACUCUCCCUUUCUCCCUUCUCCCCCCCACCCCCACCCCCAGGACUUUGAAUUCAUAGAUAUUAAAGAGGUAGUAGAAUAUCCUG